AUGGCCGCCCGCGUGUCGAACGUUUCUGCUUCGACGCAGAAUCGCAUUCUCAUCUGGCGCUCCGAGGUCGCCUCGGCACUCGACGAUGUUGCCUCUUCGGCAGCCAGUUCCACCGGAAUCGCCUUUUCCCUUUCAGACACACACUCUUCUGCCGGAAAUUCCAUGUCACAACGGCAACACAGCGCCGGCGCCUUGUCUCGGGGCCGCCGAAUCUGGCGCCGCAUUGCCCGUCGCCUGUCAGGCGGCCGCUUCGGCGGUUUCGAGGACGAAGACUUGGAACGGGAACCCGCCAUCAGGACCGCCAUGUACCGCGCACCGCCGCCGCCUUCCCCGGUCAACGCAACAGGGGUCGACACCAUUGAAGAAGUGGGCGGCCCUGGCGAAGAGAGCAGCGAUGGCAAGGUCGUUACGGGCCGAGGACUUAUGGACACGAAGCAGCGUCUAGAAAGAGCCGCUCUCCUAUUGGAUGGCAACCGCGCAGCCACCUCGUGA